AUGGUGAAAUCUACAAAGAAGACAGAAAGAAGUUUAAAGUCAGCUUUAAAGGAUUCAACUAAGUCCAAAAAUAUAUCUUUUGAUAAUUCUUCAAAUCAAUUGGAUAAUAAGCCAGCUCAAGAUGAAAAAAAUUCAAGCGAAUCUAAAAGCCCCGAGGCAGAGGCGACUAAAGGGACUGAAGAGAAAUCAAAACUCAGUAAAAUGUCUACCUUAGCUAAAAUGACAACACCGGUUUUUAGAGUCGUUACUGGAUCUUACGAACAUAGUCUUUUAUGUUUGUCUCUUUCUCUAUACGAUGAUGGAUCAGUUUUUACUCCCAUUUUUCACUUUACACCUCACAUCCAAUCGAUUCGAUGUCUUGCCCGAUCCAAGAGAUACUUGGUUUCCGGUUCCAAUGAUGAGCACAUUAGAAUUUAUGAUUUACAAAAGCGAAAAGAACUGGGCACGUUGAUGCAACAUGAAGGCAGUGUCACAGUUUUGGAGUUUUUUGACAAUAAAUGGCUUCUAUCUGCUGGUGAUGAUGGAAAAAUAUGUCUGUGGAGGACCCGUGACUGGGAAGUUCUGGGUGAACUCAAGGGUCACAAGGCUGGUGGAAUUACCGAUAUAUCUAUUCACCCCUCCGGAAAAAUUGCUAUUUCAGCUGGUGGAGAUCAUACCUUAAGAUUGUGGAAUUUGAUGACAUGCAGAAAGGCAUCGGUGUUGAAGCUUGGAAGAGAUCUUCCCCGAAAAGUCCAAUGGACUUCUUUGAAAUUUGACAAAGCUGCUCAUUAUGUUGUUGGGUUUGACAAAAAAGUUGUUGUUUACUCAUCUGAAAAUGCUACACCAGUUGGAAAAACAUUUGUGUUUAGAUCCACUCUUCAACAUAUGGAGCUAUAUAUUCUUGAUGACGUCGAGUACGUUGUCACAUCUCACGACAAUGGUUCUGUCAACUUCAUUCCUUUGACAGAGCUUUUGAAAGAACCCAAGGAAGGCGAAGAAGAAAUUUCUGCAGAAGGAUUACCCGAAUCAGCAUUCAAACUUCAAGGUCAUGCUUCUCGCGUCAAACACUUUAGCUUUUUCUACAGUCAACCUCGCCAAACUACCUACAUGUCUACUGUUUCUUCUUCUGGCAUGCUUGUUAUUUGGAAUCUAAAUAAAGAUGUCCGUGAUCAAGUUGCAGCCUAUCAGACUGGUAACAGAUUAAACUGCUGCAUUAUGUUCCCAGAUGAUAUUGAGCGAUUUGAAACUAUGAAGAAGCGUCGCAGAAUUAAUGACGAUGGUGAUUUCUUGUCAGAGGCUGAGGAAACAGACUUUUCCGAAGCUGAGAGCGAUUUUGAGUCAGAUUUUGAAGGUACAAAGCCCACUCCAGCUUCAAAAAGUGAGAAGAAACGUAAGAACAAGAAGAAAACUAAAAAACCAAAAGUUACUGUUGAGUUUGAAUAA